AUGGUCCUCACUAUGAUUGGGUCCCGAGGAGUUCAUGAAGGACCAGAUUCAAAGCCUUUCAUCUGUAUCAGUACCAGUACCACUAACUCGGGGCCUCAUCCGAAGUCUUGCGAAGCGGCAGCUUUCAGUGUUGAGCAGAAGUAUCUCGGUUUCUCUUUUUGGGACUUGGCCGAUUGGGUACUUCACGAGGCUUUGCAGUGGUUCGAGCCCAUUAUUGGCACCAUGAUUGAACGACACGUCGGCCAUCAAAAUAUGGUGGGACCUGUUUCUAUGACUAGACAAGGGAGUACAACUAUAAUGUAA